UCCCACACAAGUUCCAUCUGAUUGUGGUAAAUGUGGACAAACCACAACUAUUACAACUUGCAUACCUACUACUGAAGUUUGCGCUCCUCAAACCACUACUUUAUGUGUUAUCCAAACAUUCGGUCCAACAUUCACUCAAGCAAUAAACUGCUUAACCGAUACAACCACAUCAGUGACUUGUCCUGCUCCCACACACUUUCCGUCCGAUUGCAGUAAUUAUGACACCACAACUAUUACAACAUGCACACCUACCACUUUAGUUUGCUCUCCUACUCCAGAAUAA